GAGUGCAUCAACAGCCUUGGCAGGAGGAAUGAACAGCAGCUACAAGAAGGAACAGGCUCAUGUAGUUCUGCUGUUUUUCUCUUCACGGUCAGAUGAAUGACAUACUCGUCGCAUGGAUUAACGGCAUCUUAAGUGUAUUUUUGUUUUCAUUUUUUUCUGUCUGUUCAUGUGAAGAGAGCGGAAAACUUACGGUGCAGCUUUGUGCAACAGGAACGCAAUACGGGCAUCGCGUCUUGUUUUUUAUUAUUAUUAUUAUUAUUAUUUGUACUUAAAACACGCGGGAAACACGCGAGAAUAGAGAAUGAGAGAAGACCUGGUGGCAAAACAUCAGUGACUUGAACCCUUGAGAGAGUACCGACUCCCUGACAGUGAUCCCAGGGAGGGAGGAAGAAAGGGGCCAACCCAGAUCAAGAGAUGGACACAGAAAGCUACCCAGGGGGAAGUACCUCAGAGCCCAACAUCACAAACUGCUCCAGUGCACCUGCAACCCCCCUGCAGGCAGUCCAAUUCUCAGACUGGAUGGCAGUGGUGGUGGUUGUUCUCGGUCUCCUCACCCUCCUCACUGCACUAAUAAAUGGUGCUGUCAUCCUUGCCAUCUACACCACCAAAAAGCUACACCUGCCCUCCAACUACCUCAUUUGUUCUCUCGCCUUCACAGACUUCCUGGUGGCGCUCCUUGUGAUGCCCAUCAGCAUCCUCUACAUCACCAUGGAGACAUGGUCCCUAGGUCAGGUGGUAUGUGAGAUGUGGUUGAGCGUGGACAUGACCUGCUGCACCUGCUCCAUCCUGCAUCUAUGCGUCAUUGCCCUAGACCGGUACUGGGCCAUCACCAAAGCUAUUGAAUAUGCUCGUAAGAGGUCAGCCCGCCGUGCUGCCGUCAUGGUUGGAAUAGUCUGGGUCAUGUCAGUUUUCAUAUCCAUGCCUCCCUUAUUCUGGAGGCAGAGGCCCAGCAGCCGCAGUCUUCACCAGUGCAUCAUAGAACAUGACCACCUGGGGUAUACGAUAUACUCUACAUUUGGGGCAUUUUAUAUUCCCAUGAUCAUCAUUCUUUUCUUAUACUACAGAAUUUACAAUGCUGCUAAAACUCUUUAUCAGAAGCGUGGUUCUUCUCGGCACCUCAGCGGCCGCAGUUUGGGUAGUCAGAACUCUGGCGACCAUUGUCGUGUCUCCCACACAUUUUGUGUGUCAGACUUGUCCAACUCCGAUCCCACACUGGCUACUGACAAACUUACCAACAACAUUCGCAUUCCAUCCUUUGAGACAGAGAUGGAUGGCAGAGAUGAGAAGAACCAGAUCUGUACCUCACGAGAAAGGAAAGCAGCGCGAAUCCUCGGCCUCAUCCUCGGGGCCUUCAUUAUCUGCUGGCUACCUUUCUUUUUAAAGGAACUCCUGGUAGGUCUGCAAGUGUUACAGCCUUCUCAGUUUCUCUCCGACUUUCUGACUUGGCUGGGUUACAUAAACUCUCUCAUCAAUCCCCUGCUGUACACCAGUUUCAAUGAUGAUUUUAAGCUGGCUUUUAAAAAGUUACUCAAGAGAAAAGAGCGUGCAUAGAUCCGUAUAU